AGAAAGAGAGGCCGCCUCUAUGCAACUGAUGCAAGGGAAUCAAGCAGCACGAAUCCUUGCCUUGACAUAAGUUACAAAACUAAACCAAAGUGGGGUGGCUUAGAGCUUCAAGAGUGGACCUUCCCUCAGUGCAUCUACUUCUUGGGGAGAAAGUGUAAUAGAUUUUCAAAAAUCUACCCUGCAGUGAGAAUGUGAGGCGAGAGACACAGGGCUGGAGUGGCUUUGUAUUUCUUCAAGGCAUUCAUCUUCCAGCUCUUUCAUUCCAAAAACCCUGUGGCUUACUGUCUGAGAUCGGAUGGAAUAAUUGCAAGGCUUUACCCCGUCUUCUUCAACUAGAAGAAAAUGCCUGUAAUGAAAGGCUUGUUAGCGCCCCAGAAUACUUUUUUGGACACCAUAGCAACCCGCUUUGAUGGGACUCACAGUAACUUUCUGCUGGCUAAUGGCCAGGUGCACCGCGGCUUCCCCAUUGUGUACUGCUCAGAUGGCUUCUGUGACCUCACGGGGUUCGUGCGCACGGAGGUCAUGCAGAAGAACUGUACCUGCCGCUUCCUAUACGGGCCGGAGAGCAGCGAGCUCGUCUCCCAGAUGAUCGAGAAGGCUCUGGAGGGGCGACAGGAGUACCAGGCUGAGGUGCGUUUCUACAAGAAGAACGGGGCUCCCUUCUGGUGUUUGCUUGACAUAAUUCCCAUUAAAAAUGAGAAAGGAGAAGUGGUCCUGUUCCUGUUUUCCUUCAAAGACAUCACAGAAUGCCGAGGAAAACCCAAUCACAGCGGCAGAAAGGAAGAAGAGAAAAGCAGUAGUAAAAAGAGUGAAAAUUCCCAUUUGACGGCAGCGCGGAGGCGAGGCAGAACGGUCCUGUAUCACCUGACCAAUCAGUUCACAAAGAAGAACAAGAGCAAGGUCAAACUGAACAACAAUGUGUUCGAGAACAAGCCCUCCAUCCCAGAGUACAAGGUGGCGGCCGUGCAGAAAUCCCGCUUUAUCCUCCUCCACUACAGCAUCUUCAAGGCGCUGUGGGACUGGCUGAUCCUGCUGGCCACCUUCUACGUGGCGGUCACCGUGCCCUACAACGUCUGCUUCACCGCCUACAAUGACUGCGACACGGCCUCCCGGAGCACCAUCGUCACUGACAUCGCUGUGGAAAUGCUCUUCAUCCUCGAUAUCAUUCUGAACUUCCGCACGACCUACGUGAGUCAGUCUGGUCAGGUGGUCUAUGACUCACGGUCCAUCUGUAUCCAUUACGCGGCCACGUGGUUCUUUGUGGAUCUCAUAGCAGCCUUGCCCUUUGACCUUCUUUACGCUUUUAAUAUCACUGUGACCUCGCUGGUUCACCUGCUGAAAACGGUCCGUCUGCUGCGUCUCCUGAGGCUGCUCCAGAAGCUGGACCGCUACUCCCAGUACAGCGCCAUGGUGCUCACCCUGCUCAUGUCCAUGUUCGCCUUACUGGCUCACUGGAUGGCGUGCAUCUGGUACGUGAUUGGACGAAAGGAGAUGGAGAGCCAUGACCCAACCACCUGGGAGAUUGGUUGGCUUCAUGAACUGGGGAAGCGUCUUGAAUCUCCCUACACCAAUAAUUCAAUGAUGGGAGGCCCAUCCAUUCGGAGCGCGUACAUCGCCUCUCUCUACUUCACCCUCAGCAGUCUCACCAGCGUGGGCUUCGGGAACGUCUGUGCAAACACAGACGCAGAGAAGAUCUUCUCCAUCUGCACCAUGCUCAUAGGAGCUCUGAUGCACGCCGUGGUCUUUGGGAACGUGACCGCGAUUAUCCAGCGCAUGUACUCCCGCCGCUCGCUGUAUCACACGCGGAUGAAGGACCUGAAAGACUUCAUCAGGGUCCAUCGUCUGCCACAGCAGCUCAAACAGAGGAUGCUGGAGUACUUCCAGACCACCUGGUCUGUCAACAAUGGCAUUGACGCCAAUGAGCUCUUGCAUGACUUCCCAGACGAGCUGCGCGCAGACAUCGCCAUGCACCUGAACAAAGACAUCCUGCAGCUGCCUCUGUUUGAGUCGGCGAGCCGAGGAUGCCUGCGCUCCCUCUCCCUGCAUAUCAAGACCUCCUUCUGCGCCCCCGGGGAGUAUCUCAUCCGGCAAGGCGACGCUCUGCAGGCCAACUACUUUGUGUGCUCCGGCUCUCUGGAAGUGCUCAAGGACAACAUGGUCUUAGCCAUUCUCGGCAAAAGUGAUCUGAUUGGCGCGGAUCUGCCCUGUAAGGAACAGGUGAUCAAGACCAACGCAGACGUCAAGGCACUCACCUACUGUGACCUGCAGUACAUCAGCGUGCGGGCGCUGAGAGAAGUGCUGGAGCUAUACCCUGAGUAUGCCAGCAAGUUCACAGCAGAUAUCCAUCACAACCUGACCUACAACCUGCGGGAGGGCAGCGAGGCCGAGGGCCUCUCAAGAUUCUACAGAUCUCCAAGACUUUCCCAGCCUCGAAUGGACAGCAGCAUCACCGCUGACAAGAAGCUGCCGUUGAUCGUGGAGGACGAGGAUGAGCAUGAGGAGUUAUUCCACCUCUCUCCGGCCACCAGGGGCCGCAGGAAGCUGACUCUGCCCAGUCUGAACAGCCCUGUGCGACGCAGCUCGCUGGGGAACCUGCUGGGGGACGAGCUGCGGCAGUUCUCAGCGCUGCGCCGUACCUGUAGGUCUCCGGUGAGGGGAAACAGGGGGAGAAGCCCAUCCCCUCAGAACCCAAAGGAAGAGCGAGAGAGUCUGAACAACGAGGCCAUCUGCAACGGCCGCAAGCCUGCCAAGCUUCUCAUCCCUUCGCUGAACUGUUUCGGCCCGCCGGACCUCAGUCCCAGGGUGGUUGAUGGAAUUGAAGACAAUGGACGGACAUCAGAGAUGCAUGCCUUUCACUUUAAUGUUGAUCAGUGUAGGUCGAAAGACCACUUGGACAGCUUUGUCAAAGAUGCAAACGAGGUAAAUGUUGCUUUACUGGCGGAGACAGAGGAAGUGAGACAAAGCAUCUGCAAACUCAACCAGGAGAUGAGCAACCUGAACCAAGAGGUUUCUCAGCUGACAAAGGAGCUUCACCACAUGAUGCAUUUCCUCCAAGCCCAGCUCACUGUCCAGCACUACACCUCCAGCCUCCCCUCCUACCCAUACAGGGUUCAGAUGGUCCACUCCCCGCCAGCCAACAAAAACGGAGGCUCCAGUGAUUGGCAGCAAAGAGUCUCUUACACAGUGCCACCUGGGCUGCACAUGCAGCAUGACCCCACCAAUCUCGACCCAGUGAGUAGUGGAGGCCAGUGGAAUUACAGCGGCACACCCAGUGCUGCAAAUCACAGCCGAGGAUCCACUAUGGGGGGCCAGGAGAUGAAAGAAAUGGAGAACUUCCCUCCGGCCGUGGACCAUUUCCACUCCACAUCCAGCCCCAGGGCAGCCUAUUUCCAUACGCUUUGCUACGGAGAUACAGGGAGAACGAUCAACCCAGGCGUUGAGGUGAAGCAGAACUCAUGCCAGCCAAUUGGUAGUUCUCCAAACUCACCUUUCACGGCAUCACAAGUGCGGUCUUUACUGAGCCCCAUUCCCACAUUUUCCAGUUUUGCUUCUGCUCCUCCUCCUCCAGUUUAUAGCAGCUCUUCUUCUAAUAGCGGACAGACUCUGUCCUCUUCCAGAAACCUUGAUAAAUCCCAUCCCACCUUGGGUCAGCAAGCAUCUGCAAGUUCUGAGCAGCCUCACUCCAAAUCGACCAACCCAACAACAGUGCAUUCAACGCUGGUCUCCUCGAACUGUGCUCAUCAUUAUGCAUCAGGAUCUCUGAAUUACUUGUACCCCAGCGCGAAGCAUGAACAGUUCCCAUGCAUCUCCCUAAGCCUGAGGCAAAAUGACUUGGUUGGCUCCAGCCCCACGCACUCACUGACCAGCAUCGUUGACACCAAUCUUUCAGAAGUCCUACCCAACAGUCCUUCUGUCUCAGGCACUUGUUCAGCGAGGAGGAAACCCCCCUCGACAUCUCAGGAUUCUUUUGAAAACUCUGGCAUGCUUUUUUUGGCUACGACCGGUCCAGACCAUCUGGGUAUAGAACCUCUGGUUAUCAAACCAGGUUCUGCAGACAGGCUGCUUAUGUUGAACCCACCAGACUUGAUUGAGGACAGUGAAGUGUCACAGUCCAGGAGAUCCAGCACAGCAACCCAAACCCUGGAUGCUGAGGUCUUCUGGAGUCUAGAGAUGAUGGAUUGAGUUACACACUGGUCUAAGUAUUGAUCGAGAACCUCUUCUAUAUAAACUUUAUAGACC